UAUUUAUCUAGUGGUAUUACAGUAUGCGAGAGAUUGUUGUAAGCUUCGUAGUAGAGAGCCGCCAGAGUGCCAUAUCUUCCCUUGGGAUUUCAGAACGACAUUGGAUGGAUUGGAGGAGCCGAUACACUUUGGAGAAUGUACUCGACUGGAGCUAUGGUGGAGUGGACCCAUCCAUUCCAGGCAAUGGAGGACCAUCCUGUGCAAAUUUCCUCUCCAUUCACCGCCGCCUCUUUGAAACCUUCUUGGGGAGUGCAAUACCACUUGUGUAUUUCUUCUGGGGUUAUUCAUAUAUUACUUACCCAGCAUCGCAUAAAUUUGUGAGGAAGGAUCGAGGAGGUAAACGAACACUCCUGGUUUUGGUUUCGAUGGUGUUUGGUAUGGAGAUAGGAUUCAAGUUUGCUACAAAGCAGCUUAUAUAUCUUCUGAAUCCAUGCCAUGUCACAACAGCAAUACAGAUAUACCUCCUUGCAGCGCCUCCUAGCAAGUGGGUAACUACCGUGUUUCGUGUCCACCUCAACUUUCUGAACGGAGCAGUUCUUGCUUUGCUCUUUCCUGUCACCAAUUCAAGACUUCUUCCGUUUGAGGUGGAGAUAUACUGGGUGCAGCAUAUAAUGAUGCUUGUUACACCGUACUACCUUCUCCGACUUGGUGGUGUGUACACAGUUGAGAGCCCCAGAGAUAUGAGUUGGACCAUUAUGUCUCUAGGCAUUCUUCUUAUUUAUCAUUUCCUGCCACUUCAGAUUAUUGGCAUGACUUCUCAGGUUAAUUUAAACAACAUGCUGUGUCCAGCCAUUAGUGAUCCUUUCUAUGGCCCAAAUUACCGAAUUGCUGCCAUGUUUCAUCAGUCAUUAUGUGUGCCUCUGGUUAGCAAGACCUUCUGUGUUGUUGCAAAUUUUUUCAUAACAAAAUUUCCUCCCACAAAGGUAAAGGAUAAUCUUGAAACUGAUGUUACCAUUAGUGCUUAUGAUCAACGAAUAAUGAGUCAAGAAGCAUUGAGCAGCCAGGAUGAUUGUUUAAAUAACCAAAAUGGACUGAGGCAUCAUACUAGCAUACACAGACGGACCCGCAGUGAAGCCGUGACAGUUUCCCAGUGGAAUGGCCAUAGCCAUCAAGAUUAAAAUCGUUUCCUGAUUGAUUCAUCAACAGGUGAUGCAUUCAGAAGGAAGAAGAUGGUUAUGGUGGUAGUCGUCAGUAAUUCCAUUAAUGUGUGAUGAAAUGAAGCUGAAAAUAAAUUGGAAUUCUGUUUAAAAUACUAGUCGGAUAACUUUUUUUAAUUGGAGGCAUCCUAAAUGUUGUAAAUUUAUCUUCUAAAUUUAUGCUGAAUUAUAAAAUUAAGUUACAUAUGAGAGUCUUAGGUAAACUUUCUCAUGUGAUCUGACUAGUAUUAAGUUUGUUAACUUAAGUGACUUUUCAGAAUUUGUGCUCAAUAUCAAGUGAUUAACUUAUGCAUAGUAAUCUAAUUAUUUAAUUUUUUAGAAAUUAUAUAUAUAUAUA